AUGAACCAACCACCUCUUUCUGUAGAUUCAAGCUAAAUCAAUCUUUUAAAAAAUUUGGAUGACAUUGAUGAUAUCUUCAAUGGUUUAGCAUAAGAUGAUGGAGCAUAAUUAGAUUAAGAUUUUGAAGAUUUUUUAGAAUGUUUUAGUGAUGAUGAAGAUUCUGAAGAGGAAUCAAAUUUUAGACCAUUUCCAAGUUUUAGAAAUGUAACUCCAUCAGUUUAAUUCUCAACUUUUGCUGAAUCAGAUUAAGUUAUAAAGAAAUAGACAGAAGAAAGACUAUUAGCUCCUCCUGGAGAUCAUUAAUUUCCAGUUUAUGAUGAUUAAUAAUAAGAGGAUUCAGUUGAUGAAGAUGAUGAUCUUUCUGAUUUUUUUGAUAGUUUUGGUAAUAAAUGAUAAUACAUAUAGAUAUAAAUAACACUCAUUAAAAUAAGGAAGAUGAGGUAAAUUAUAUUGAAAUAAAAUAUUUUGAUGAAACUUACAAAAUUCCAAUAUUUACAGCUAAACUAUUUGAACCAGAAUAGCCUCUUGAAGAUAGAUUACUUUUUGAGAAUACUGAAUUAGUAUUAUGUAAAACAGAAAUGCAUGAUUUUCAUAAACAUUUAGAAAACAUUCUCACUAAAGUAUUAUAAUAUUAUAUAUUGAAAGGAUCAAAAAAAUUUUAAUGAUUUCACAUUCUCGGUUAUGAUUUUAAAAAUUCAAUCUGCUUUACUGGCUGAUCUUCUUAAAUCCUUUUAAAAAGUAUUAUUAUAAUUUUAUAAAUUAGAUGAAAGAUUUUUAAUAAGUAUGGUUAGAUAUAUCUCCAUCAUUUAUUUGUUAAGAGAAAGUAACAUAAUUUGGAAGACAAUUAAAAUAAUUUUAAGAAUCAGUUAAUUAUGUGAUUGAUAGUAAUUCCAAUAAGAUAACAAGUAGAAGAUUUUUUGAUAAAUAAAAGCCAGCAUACUUUCAAGAUAAAAAGAAGGAUAAUAAAAAGAAAGAAUUAACUGAAGAGGAAAAGUAUGAAUGUUCUAUAUAAAUAGAAUAUUGGAACUUUAAUAAAUACCUUAUAAUUAAAAUUUUAAUCCUUAAUCUAGUUUAGUUUGUAUUCUAUUCUUUAAAGCUUAAGCUUUAUUUGAAUCAUGGUAAUAAUUCUUACAUUACAAAAAGAACUCUGAAAAAUAUAAAGAAGUAUUAUAAUUAGAUAUUGCAUAUAGAUAUCGAAUAGAUUUGCUAGACUUUAAGGACACUGGAAAACAGUGUAAUUAUUGAAGAAAUUUGCAAAAUUUACAGCAAGAACUAAAUAAAUUUAUAUGAAACCACUAAAAGGAGAAGAUACAUAAGAUCUUAAAGAAGAAAUAAAAUUUUAUCAAAAUUUUUUAUCUAUGAAGACUUUAGGGAUAGUUAAUAAUUUGGCUAAAUCUCCUGCCUUGAAUAUAAAUGGUGGUUAAUUGAAAAUAAAAUAACUAAAUUAGAUUAGAGUACCUUAAAAAUAGAAAUACAUUUCUUAACAAUAUCUCAAAUAUACUUAAGAACUAUUUUGA